AUGAACCAUCACGUCUACCGGAGCACAAGAAAUGCAUUCCCGCUGGCGCAUGCUUGGCAGGAGCUCGUUCUGAAAGGCAACUUCAUCCAAGAUGCCAGCGCUGGAGCCUUGUUCCAAGCCUGGAUUGCGUUGCACAGCAAAGGGAGAUGCUCUUCGGCUGCCGUUCUGGACACGGUUGAGGCUGCCGUGCUAACUCGCUGGCGCAAGGAAGGCACCAUUAAGCUGUACAAGUUGGACUUGCAGUACAAUCUGCUAACUCGCAAAGGCAUCCGUGAUCUGGAGGGAAGGAGGCGAGAAGGGACGACAUUGCUGCUCGGGGUGCAGAGGGACCGGCGAGCCGUGGCAAAGGAACGCGUUCCUGAAAGACCGGCCCAGGAAGAGCCUUCCCUGCACGCGCCGAGCACUGCGAUGGCCCAGUCUGCAGAGGAGGAAGCCGAUCCUCCGGCAGUGACUGCAGCAGCCGACGAGGAGGAGCUUGCCUCGCAGAAUCACGAUUCUGCUUGCGAGCUGCCGGAGGUUCAGAAGGAGGAGUCAGUUCCCGAAGCGGGCCACGCGUUGCUGCCGAGCGCGAAUUCCUUGAUAGUGGACUCAGACAGUUCCUCUUCCGAGCCUGGCGCAGACCUUCGCGAGAUUGAUGUCAAGAUGCUCAUAGAAGAGGAUGUGGCGCCUUGCAACCCUGAUGGGGAACUUCGAUUCGACGUCGUUCCCGGAGAGCCCUGCUGGGCACCUUUCGCUUGCGCGAAGCCCGGCGCUUGCAGCCUUCGGCUCUGA